AGUGACGGACAAGCGUUAUUCUGUUCCAUCGAUACUGGCGUCGAUUGAGAACAUUGCAGUUAAACGACGCUAAACAACAACUGGGCCACCGUACCUGCCACGACUUGUUACCGCUACAAUCUAUUUUCAACGUGUGUUUACGUGGGAAUAAAAGUGACGCGGAAUAACCAUAUCCAAACGUGGAUAUUAAGGCAGAUAUUAAACGAGAAGUGAAGAUUGCCAAGCCAGGGAUGAACCUGAGACUGUUCCUAUGGACUCUGAUAGGCUUGUUCAUGGUGCUCGUUGGCUGCUUCAUGGCCAGCAUCUGCUUCUCUACAGCGGAUCUUUUAACGGUUCAACUUAGGCAAACUCUUCACGAGGGUAUGAAAAGAUACUUCACAGAUGUGUCAUGGAAGCGAAAAAUAGACAGCAUGCAGGUUAACAUGCAGUGUUGUGGAAUAGAUUCGUCCGACGAUUGGCACAAGACAUAUUGGCUGCAACGGGAGUUUCUUGUGCUUGACUCGCCGGAUAUCUUGAGGUACGCGAAAGUGGAUGGUCGCGUGACACCGCCGGUGGUGCCGUGGAGUUGCUGCCGAAUCAACGUAAAGGGUCCGUGCUAUCACGAUCCGCUUCAGCUGCCAAAUUCGGAACAAAACUCCACUUACGACAGCCUAAACCCUCGGGGCUGUCUCGUCGCCAUCAAGAGCGUGCUAAACGGAACGCUCUAUUCCACCGUAGUCCUGAUCGCGUUUCUGUUUGUGUUACAGAUUUCGGUGAGCGUAUUGUCGAGGUUCGACUUCACUGCCGCGAGGAACGCGGUGGCGCUUGGAGAUCGGUGGGCAGCUUCACCGGGUUGGCUCUAUGGCCGUCUGGAUUUUGGCUUAGCCAGCGGACCUAAUCUCUGCCAGAUCGAUCGGAUAACCAAAGCAUCGUGUAUAUAAUGCCGAUCAAUCGAAUACCACGCAAAACGACGUUCUCUGCACGGUACUAGUAAAAUUGCUCGUUACAACGAUGAUGGAACGACAGUCUCAACAGAGAGAAAAGGAAGUCGAUGGAAGAAGAAUCGGUGUGGGACUGGUGGACAGGAUGAAGGGAGGAGCUACAAAAGGCUGGAUAUCAUAAACGACAAUGAAACUCCCGAAGGAAGCUGGAACAAAGCGAGAUAGUGGCGGUGUAUACGUGUGCAACUUUGAAAGGACAGUGACGACGUACAGUGUGGACGUUGGAUCGAGGAAGGGAAGAAGGAAAGAAAGAAAGGGGCAGAACGACACGCCGGGGAUCGCUCGAGUUUCUCUGAUCGGUCAAUAACGAUUUCCCGGGAAUAUAAAUGUCUCCGCGAGCAGUCGUCCGGGCUGUUCGAUUCGGCCCGUGUCCGGCAUUGCCUUUUAAUCUUGUAGCUUUGCCUCUUUUAAUCUCGUUCCAUCGACCGGCUGCGCCCUUCCAUGCCGCUCUUUUCCGUCCACUCGUUCAUUCGAUGCAAUUUCUCGUUUCGUACGUACGGUCGAAAUCAUCGCUCAUUCGACUGUACGAAAAAACCUGCUGGUUGCAUGAGAAUCGUUAAUCUUGACGGAUGAACCGAAGAUGGAACAUCGUUUCGUGUAACGAUUGGAAAAUAGUAAUUAUUCCAUGUAUAAUUGCGUCUUAUUUCUGUUUAUCAAAUUAAUUUCAUUGGUCGUUUUUAAAUUGAAAACCUGUUUCAGACAUAGAAAAUUCAAGAACAGUUUAAACAUAAGAAGAAUCCUCAAUUCCUGUACUACUGUACCAUUUUCGAUAGGAUCGCGACAAAAUUCCAAUUGCCUCUCACAUUCUCGCCAUCGAUAUCCUAUCAAACUUCUACAGCUCUAAACGCACACCAAACUACUGAAACAAAAAUACAAAUAAUACAUUUACCAACAUUUUCUUCGGUCUCCUCUUAUUAACGGAGAACGGAUUCGUCAGCCAGAUGAGAUCUUCAACGCAAGAGAGUUCGAUUCUGAUCAGAAAACUUCAAUACCCGGAACGAUUCUUUGCUUUAGCCGAAAAAGAAACUGUUCUCGGUGAGUGAAACCGUACCUUAAAGUACACGUAUUCAUAUGUAACUUCGAAUCUUCUUCAAUUUUUCCGAUGAUAUACCUCUAAACGCCUUGAAACGAUACUAUGCGCAAAGCUUCUUCCGGUUCUUCCUCGAGCUAUCUUUUACAGGCUUCGAAACGAUGUAUCAGUAAAGAGAAAGAUUGCAGGGAAGAUUUGGAAGAGUAGGUUCGUCUCGGGGCACACUGAAUUUCCUCGAGGGAGAAAUUGUUGCAGGCAGCAGCCUCGACGGUGCUUUCAUCAGCGACAGAUUUUUCUCAUCGAACGCUAAACUUGCGGGGCGAGGUGUGACGCGCGUGCGAGAGUCUGUAAAGCUCGCUUUUGUCACUUUCCCUGGCUCGUGCAUCGAAAAUCCACGCCCUUUGACGCCUCUGGAAAGUUGCUGCCGACAGCGAUCAGGUUUGACGGGCAAUCGACACCGAUAAUCAAAGGUUCGUUCUUUUUUCCUUUGCCACUGAACAAUUUUUACGUAGAACGCAAAAAUUCAAUUACACCACCUGGACCACUCAAGCUUGCAACAUUUUUCUUUUUUCUUCCGCUUUUUUUUCUCUGCGCGUUUAGAAGUAACUUAAACAGCCAAGAACCAUUCUACCACUUACGACGCAGCACUAUUGUUAGAAAAAUGAAGUUUCUGUACGCGCAGCUUACUCGAUAACCGCAAUUUAUGCUUUAUUAUAAGCAAAAAAAUAGAAAAUGGACGGAAGGGGUGAAAAUACAGAAUUUUGAAUUUUAGAGUAAUCCGCGAUGAUCGGAACACGGAUAAAAGUUCGAUAUCGCAAAUAUAGAAAAGAGAAACAUUCGUAUCGGGACUGAAAACGCAACGUCCAUUGUUCCCCUAUAUUUUCGGUUAUUUAAGCUUAUCAUUGGCCCGACGAUUCCGUGGGAUCAUGGGAGAUGGAUCAGGAUAUUUAGAGUGGCGCAUCAAUCUCGCAUCGAGCUCCCAAAUGGCCGUUCGGUUGCUCGCAAAUCCACGUCGUUUCACCGGCCGGUGCAUUAAACAGGAUUUAUAUUUCCUCGAAUAGGAGCCGAUGGGAUCGAUCGGUAUUGUCGACUGAAAGUAGCGCCAUUUUGCAUCUUAUUUAAGGGAACCGUGCACAUGUGAGCAAUUCGCGAUUCAGUAAAAAGAAUCACCUCUAUACAUUUUCAAAUUGGUUCCAAAUUUUAUCAGUACAAUUACGACAGCCGUGUCUCAUUACAGCGCGAACAAAAGUUCAAAAUGUUUUGUAUAAUAUAUACAAUACAAGCAUAAAGAUUUUUCAUGAUAAGUAUUCAAAUAUUUUCGUGAACCAAUGUAUCCACCACAUUAUAAAAAAUUCUACUGUACUCUGUUUAAGGCAUUGAGUUUACGAUAUUUCCAUUUUUGUGUGUCUUCGUCCCAUUAAGUUUCGAUUUUAUGAAUUCUUCGUUGGUUAUUACGGUUUGCACCGCACCUCGCAUGUAGAUCUACGAUAUUCUGGUUGAGUUUACUGGUGCCGGUGCAAGGGAUCGGCAUCCGUAUACCGGGAACGAUAAUCUCAGAGGGUGAAACCAAGUCUUGUAAAUCCGUGGAAUAACACGAUGUCUGGUUGUGUCGUUGCGUUGAGGAGGGUCACAGGAUUUUCUACGGAUAAAGGAUAUACACUGGGUUAGAUUACGCCUGCGAAAGCGUUAAAGCGAUUAAAAGAUAGGACUCUGAAUGGGAAUUUAAAAAUCAAACGGUUCGGUUGAAGAAUAUUCAUUAAAAAUUCAUUCCAUUCAGCUCUCAAAACGCAAAUAACUUAUUUCCACUUAUCUUAAAGACGUUAUUUAUUACAAGAAGAUGGCGCAGACAUUGCUAAAUUUUCGGACAAACUUUUAGAAACACUAUUUGUAACAUUACUUUUCUCCCCUUUUUCACUCGAUGUAACCUUUAAAAUCUCUAUAAUCUUUAAAUUCUGUUCGACGAAAUAGCGAAAUUUCAAUCGUGAAUUCAGCCACGAAAGAAUUCGCGGAAAACGAGCGGAGAAUCCGAGACACGCGGUGAAGCAGCGACAGAAAGUCGACUCUCGAUUAGGAGGACAGGCGACGAUCGAGUGAGAUCCCGUCCGUCAGAGUGGUUCUCAGUGGAGAAUCGAGCGACUUGGCGUGGCUCUUGACAAUAUCUACGGCAAGAAGGAAACCGACGAAAGGGUUCGGUGGAUCGUGGUAACAGUCGGUCGGGUCGCAUAAAUCAGCUGCACGAGACCCUCGAGCGGCAGAGGUGUCGGGGCCGGC